GGCAACACAAUACCUUCCUUUUCCAAAAUGGCGUCUUUGCGGAAGACUUUUGUUCUUCGUCGAAUGAAUUUCUUUCACGUGUUCUUGCUAUUUGUUGUGUGGAAUGGCGCGUUUGCUUCGGGACAGAGUGAGGAAAUUACAGACGAUAACUGGGAUGCUGUUCUACAUGGUCACUGGAUGAUAAAAUUUUAUGCACCAUGGUGUCCAGCAUGUAGAAAUCUUGAACCAACCUGGGAGAAGUUUGCAUUGGAAGCAGAGUCUCUUAACGUCAGGGUUGGAGAGGUCGAUGUCACAAGAAGCACAGCUUUGAGUGGGCGAUUUGGGAUUGUGUCGCUGCCAACCAUAUACCAUGCUAUGAAUGGGAAGUUUCGUUUAUACCAAGAGAAGAGAAAGUUGGACGAAUUACUGGAUUUUGUUAAGGACAAGAAGUGGGAGAAAGUGGAGCCUGUACCAUCAUGGAAAUCUCCCAGCUCAAUUCUCAUGUCUGGUCUGGGCAUGGUUUUCAAAGCAUCAGUUGUUUUUAAGAACAUUCACACAACAUUGACAGAAACCUAUGGUCUACCUGCUUGGGGUUCAUAUGUCCUAUUUGGAGUUGGAACUGUUCUUAUCGGCUUGAUUUUAGGAGUGGUUUUAGUAUUCCUGUCAGAUUUACUGCUGGGUGUGGUGUCACCAUCCGCGCCUCGUCCACCUGGUGAUACAAGUGAAUCUGGUGACGCUGAUGAUGAAGCUGGUGCAGAUGAUGGAAAACCGGAGAUAAAUCAGGAGAACACGUCACAAGAUGAUGAAGCUGAAAAUGAAGCGGAAGACAGCACAAAUGUUAGAAAACGAACAAAGAAACUAAAAGCAACAACUGGAUAGAUUUGACUUCUCCACCAACCAACCAAACCACCAAACCUCCACCAAGACCAAACCUAGGUAGCACAUAAAGUUCUGUACUUUUAAAAUGUUUAUUAAAUGUUUUAUUUCCCAA